GGUGAUGGAAUCGCAAAGUGAUCCUAAAAAGGAUCCGUUGUUGUUGUGGUUGAAUGGUGGACCAGGAUGCAGUUCACUGGUGGGCGCAUUCACCGAACUGGGUCCGUUCUAUAUGAAUCGAGACGCAUCGUCGCUCUACGAGAACAUUUUCGCGUGGAAUAAGCAUGCAAAUCUAUUGUUCAUUGAAUCGCCGAUAGGUACUGGAUUUUCAUAUGAUACUAAAGAUAUGUUGUCAUAUACAACUGGAGAUAAUAAGACUGCAGAUCAAAACUAUCACGCACUCAAGGAUUUCUUUUCGCGAGUGCAACCGCAAUACAAAAAUCACGAUUUCUUCAUUUCUGGUGAAUCAUAUGCUGGUAUCUAUGUACCGACUCUUGCACAACGCAUCAUUCAUGGAAUUAAUGAUGGUUCAUUCCCGAACAAACAUUUUAAAGGUAUGGCAGUUGGAAAUGGAUAUAUGAAUGUGAGGGAUUUGACGAAUUCAUUAAUGUUCAUUUACUAUUAUCAUGGUAUGAUUGGUGUGAAAGAAUGGAAUCAUAUCAAAGAAGUAUGUUGUCCGCAUGAGCCGGAUGCAGAGAAAUGUAAUUUCUAUGAACAUAUGUACUAUAAUCUUACUGGUCCGUUUGGCAUUGACGAGUGCUCGAAAUUGGUCAAUUUUCUCAUUUUUACUGCGCCGUAUUACAGACUUCCGAAAGGAAUGGAUUUGUACGAUUUAUAUCAAGAUUGCUAUAAGACCGAUUUCUUAACUAAAACUAUGAAUUUGUAUUGGAAAUGGAUACCAGCCCUUCAGCAAUAUCUACUCGUUCAACAGGGUGACGGAAAACAGAUGGCGGACUUCAUAGACAACGAUUCGACAGAUAAUCACCUCGGAUAUCCUUGCUUCAGUGAUGGCGCAGAAACAAUAUAUAUGAACAAAGCGGAAGUGAUGAAAGCGAUUCAUGUUGACGAGGCGUGGAUGAAAAACGUUGACAAGUGGCAAGAGUGCAAUCAACCUCUGUACAAUCAUUACAAUAUCACUUACUACGACACAACACCCGUAUUUGAGGAUAUAUUUAAAAGUUCGAAGAGUCCGUUCAGAAUAUUAAUCUAUAAUGGUGAUGUGGAUACUGCGUGUAACUUUAUGGGUGAUGCAUGGCUGAUGAGUAGAAUCGCGAAGAAUAAUCAUUUUCAUGUUGGUCAAAGAGGCCCGUGGUAUUUCAGAAAUCAGGUGGGUGGAUAUGUGAGAAGAUAUAGUGGGAGUGCUCCAGGGGCGGCUCCCAUAACGCUGGAUGUUCUUACGGUUAAGGGUGCUGGACACUUUGUACCAGCGGAUCGUCCCGGUCCGGGCAUGCAAAUGCUGGAGAACUUCUUACAAGGACAAGCAGAUUAUUCUUCGACGAAAGGUAUCGACGUUAAACCGAAACCUGCACCUGGACUUUAUGAUCAACCCACCCCUACCAGUAAAUCCAGUCAAAUUACUCAAUCCACCACACACAAUAAAUCCAGUCAAAUUACUCAAUCCACCACCACACACAAUAAAUCCAGUCAAACUCUAAUUAAUCAUAUUUUAUUAUUAUUAUUUCCGUUUACUCAAUCCACCACACACAAUAAAUCCAGUCAAAUUACUCAAUCCACCACACACAAUAAAUCCAGUCAAAUUACUCAAUCCACCACACACAAUAAAUCCAGUCAAAUUACUCAAUCCACCACACACAAUAAAUCCAGUCAAAUUACUCAAUCCACCACCACACACAAUAAAUCCAGUCAAACUCUAAUUAAUCAUAUUUUAUUAUUAUUAUUUCCGUUCAUUACCUCUCUCUAUUAUCGCUAA